AUGUUAGACGAGUUAAAUGCACGCUUAGAUAAAUAUUUAAGUGUUCUUAAGGCUGCUGAAGCUGAAGGAAAUGCGAUUCCGUUGGAUGAACUUCCCAAUCCCCCAGGGUUUGAACCACUUGUCAAAAAUACUCUAGAACUUCCAGAUUCUGGACAGUUUCUCACUCCUGAUGUAUCACCGUCACUUCCUCGAAAGUCAACGUCGCACAGUAGAGAUCCUAGUCCCAGUCCGAUGAGAGAGCUGUCAGAUAAUCCUUUUGCACCAGAAGAAGUAAACAUAGAAAAUUAUGAAUCAUCUGGUAUUGAUGCUGAUGCAAGUAAUGUUGCCCAAGAUCAAGUAUCUAUUUUGAUUAAUGACAAAAAUGCAGAUGAAGCAGAGGAAAAAGAUAUUUUAGAGGAGCUGAAAUCAAGGUUAGAAGUUUAUAAAUCUGUCUUAAAAACUGCAGAAGAAGAUGGAAAUUCUAGUAAGGCUAGAAGAUAUAAAAGGAUUAUCAAACAGUACACAGAUGCUAUUAAGUUGCAAAGUGCUAAUAAACCUGUUCCAUUAGAUGAGUUACCAAGCCCUCCUGGAUUUCCUCCUUUGGUUCCUGUAAAAUCUGAACCUCCAAGUCCCUUGCCUUCUAGAUCUAAUUCUUUUAUUAAUGAGCCUACUGAAGAAGCUAAUUCACUUCCUACAAUUGAUAAUGUAUCUUCUCCAAAUGAUGAUGAAGCUCCUGGAAUUACUGAACCCAAACCAACGAAAUCUGAAAAACAAACAAUUAUUUUAAAGGCCAGACACAAAGAAUAUAGAGAUGCUGCUUUGGCUGCAAAAAAAGAAGGUGAUAUAGCUAAAGCAAAGGAAUAUUUAAAAAUUUGCAAAGGCUUUGAAAGGUUGAUUCAAGCUUCAGAAAGUGGUUUUCCUGUUGAUUUAACAACUCUUCCAGUUUCAUUAAAAGACAAACAAGAAACGGAGGACACAUCGAAAGAAAUAGAAAAAGCUGAAAUUUCUGACACUGAUAAUUCUGAAAUUUACACUAACCUAGAAAAAGAAUUAAUGGAUCAAAUUAAAAUGUGUAUGAACACGAGAAAUCAUUUUAAAAUGAAUGGAGAUAUUGCAAGUGCUAAUCACUUUGAACAAUAUGCCUUACAAUUUAAAAAGGAUUUAAACUUUAUAAAAGUUUGUCAUUCUAGGAACAAUGCUGUUCCUAAAUAUCAUUAUGAAAAUAAAACAUUUUCUGCUGUUCAGAGUAAUACAGAUCUAAAUGACAAUGAAUUAGAAUUAACAAUUAUGCAAGGAAUUAAUUACAAAGUUUCAAAUCCUAAUGAUGUCGACACCUAUGUGACUUACGAAUUUCCGUACCCAAAUUCCAGUCCUCCAAGUGGGAGAACAUCAACUGUUAAAAAUACUAACAAUCCAGUUUAUAAUACUAGAUUAACAUUUCCAAUCAAUAGGGAAGCCUCUGCUUGUCAAAGAGUUUUUAAAAGGCAUGGUAUUAAAAUGGAAGUCUGGUCCAAAGGGGGGUUUUUUCAUAGAGAUUCAUCUUUAGGUACGGUGGUUGUUAAAUUAAUGCCAUUAGGAAAGGAUAUUAAAAUUCAUGAAGCAUUUGAUUUAAUGAAUGGAAGAAGGCCAGCUGGAGGAAAAUUAGAAGUCAAAGUGAGAAUAAGAGAUCCAAUCGCUGGAAAAAAAAUGGAAAAAGUUACAGAAAGAUGGUUAAUUAUCGAUCAUGUAUGA